AAGAACAAAAUUUUAGCAAUGGAAAAGAUAACAAAGAUGGUAUGGUGUUGGCAACAUCUCGAAAGGCAGUCGAUAUCGUUGCUAGCAGAUACCACUCGCUCGCGCUCUCACGGCAAUCGUUUAGCCACAAAAGUGCAGAUGCAGAGUAAAUCACACGAAGAGGGAGAUGGCAGAAUUUCCAUCACUGUAGCCCCUUACCAAUUUCUUCAACGAUUGCCUCAAUUAUUGAUUCUUGCAACAGCAUGCUCUUGCCGACUUUAUUACCUUUUCUGCGUGGUUUUUUAUCAGGAGUUUGAUGAGCUAUCUUCGAUAAUUGUGGGAAUGGGAAAGGGGAACAUUCUGUUUUAGUUGUAAUGUGAGGAAUUCUGGUGAUCUAGUGCUGUAAGUCCAUAAUUAUUAUUCUUUAGUUCGAGAUUUCAAGUUCAUGGAGCGAAAAAAUUGCUCUGGUGUAGGGAUUUUUCUUGUCGACAAGUACUAUUAUGGCGUUUGGCUACAUUAGUGUUUGGGUAAAGAUGACGAAAAUAUAUGUUCGUUGAGGCAGUAUGUGAUGGUCGAUUCUUAAACUACUGAUCGUAUCACUUGUUCAGAAUUCGUCAGUUAUAUCAGGGGAGCAAGAUUGUUAUGUCUGAAUUGGCUGAUUGUUGGGCUUAUCGAAGUAGAAUGAUUGAGUAGUCCAAGGACAUUACUAGUUUAUUUAACUCUUUUGUAACUCCAUAACUGAUGAAAUGAGAAAGGAAAUUUUGUUGCAGUGUGUUGAUGAAAAUGCUGAAGUGAAUGGUUGUUCAACAAUUGGGAAUGAUGAAGAUUUGGGUGCUCAGUCUCGCCAUAGUGUAGGCAAGGAAUUUGGGGCAAGUUGUCGUGUGUGUCAAUGUACUGAAUCGGACAGAAGGGGUGAUGCUGCCUUAGGAUUUCUUGGCAUCACUUCUCCGAAAAUGGAAGCAAGAAAAAACGACGGGGAUUCUAAGCCCGAGAAGCAAAGUGUAAAAAAUGUUAAAAGGGAUUCUGGUUCAAUUGAGUUCAUAGGCCCUAAUGGGGAGGUUUUCAUUUGCAAAGCUGAUAUUGAAAUGGGUUCAUGUCAUUAUGAAGAUGCAUUAGUCGAGCUUGGAUGUUCUUGUAAGAGUGACCUUGCUCUCGUACAUUAUGCGUGUGCUCUCAAGUGGUUUGUCAAUCAUGGAUCUACAGUUUGUGAAAUCUGUGGAUGUGUUGCAGAAAAUAUUAGAACUGAUGACUUUAGAAAGGUUGUGAGUUCUUUGAAGGAAUAUGAAGCUUUAAGGGAAAGAACUGCUAAUGGGGAACCUAAUCCUACGCAUACUAAUACCAGUACUGAUAUAGAUCCAGAUGCUGUUGCUGCUGUCCGCAGGCAGCGACUUUGUGAAAUCUCGUUGUGGUUUAGUCCUCAUAAUUAUAGUAGCAACAAUAAUUCUACUGCAGCCUCCCAGGUUGCUUUGGAACAUCCAAAUAUCGUCCCGGAAAAUGUUAUUCAUGCUGAAAAUCGUGCAACCAGAUGGGCUGUUGAGGGUACUGGAAUUCUCCUUGCUACUGGACUGCUUACUGUUACGCUCGCUUGCCUAAUAGCUCCUCGUCUGGGGAAGAAAACUGCGAGAAGUGGCCUUCACAUUCUUCUUGGAGGAGUUUGUGCGUUAGCCGUGGUUGUUUUCUUCCGCUUUUUUGUGCUUACCAGGAUAAAAUACAGUCUUGCACGAUAUUGGGCUAUUUUGUUCAUCUUUUUGUUCCUGGUGUUGUUCGGCAUUUGGGCAUCGAGGACACAUGGUGCUCGUACGACGUAAUUCGGUACAUUAUGUACAUUCUAUUUGAUCUUUUUUACCAUUCUCCACUUUAUUAAGGCGAUCUCACAAAUAUAGAAUUCUUUAGUACUUAGUUAAGGUACCCAUAUCAUGAAAUAUAUCCUAUAGGGUUUUGAUUUUAUGUGAUGUUUUAGGUUGUCUGAGUAUGAAGUUGACAUUGGGAAAGGUAUUAGUUAUUCGACAGGAUACAAAAUACCCUUUACCUCUGUUUCCUUGCAUCAGAGCUCAUUUUUUAUUUGUUAAAAGGAUUUUCAAUUCUUUAAAAAAAAAUUGGUAAAUUUUUCUCA